AUGACCACCACAGACAGCACAGAACCAGUGUGGGGCCGUGUCCUCAUUGCGGGAGGUUUGGAUUGGGCUACCAACGGCACCAAGGGGCGUCGCCAAGAUGACUUGGACCUGUCCCAGCCCCACAUCCUUCGUUCCCUCUCUCAUGUCAAGGUCACCAAGCUCCUCGCCGGAUGCGGUGCCAACUAUGUCGGAGCCAUUGACAUCAACGGCGUUGCGCACUUUAUUGGCAAGAUGCCUGCCUAUGGACCGUCGGCCAACAAGGGCAUUGUUAGCUAUGACACGCCGGUGCACAUCUCCACAAAGUCUGUCGGCCUGCCCGCCGGUACCACAUGGGUUGGCGGCGGACUUGGUCGUGCGGGCAUCUUCCUCAUCGACAGCAAGGGCGAUGUCUGGGCCGCCGGCAACAACGUUGUGGGACAGCUUGGCCUGCCCCUGUCUCCCGACGUGCCCAGGUUGACAAAGGUCAAGGGCCCUUGGGCGCGGAGUGCCAAGAUCAUUCAGGUCGCCACCGGAAACACUUUCACCCUCUUUCUCACCGAUGCUGGACAGGUGUAUGCCGCAGGCUCUAGUGAGCACGGACAACUCGGAAACGGCAGCACCAGCGAGCGCAUCGUCAAGGGCAACAAGCUGGCUUGGGAUGUGCAGACGCCACCUCUCCAGGCUGCUCUGGAGGACAAGAAGAUUGUCCAGAUUGCAGCCGGAAGCCAGCAUUCUCUGGCCCUCGACGAUUAUGGAAAUGUCUACGCAUGGGGCUACGCCGGUUAUGCUCGCCUAGGACUUGGUGACCAGAAGGACCAAGGAAGCGCGCCCGUGAAAUCUACUGCGGCCCGACCAGGCAUGUUCAACAUUGCCGGCAAGUGGAAGAUUACUGGUGAUGGUUCAAGCGGAUCGCCAUACACUACAUUCAAGCAGCUCGACGAGCUCGGUGGCUGCAAGGUGACCAAGACAGCCGUCGGCGGCUGCACUCACUUUAUCACUACCCCUCUGUUCGGCGGCAAAACCCAGAGCAUCGGCUGGGGCCAGGGAGCUCUCUAUGGAGAACUUGGCUUCGGCCCCAACAUUGGCAAGAGCUCCACCAAGCCUCAAGCCAUCCAACCCCUGGAAGGUAUCGACGUCGUCGACAUCGCUGGUGGCCUGUUUUGUACUCUCUUCCUUGCCCGCCCGAAUGACGCGCUCUCCGAGCUGGACCGUUUCCCCGUCCAGGUCGAAUCGGCCACCGACUGUCUCGUCUGCCACAAGGACCUCCCCGAUGACCCUCUUCUCGAGUGUGAACGAUGCGACGAGCCGUACCACCCCGGAUGCCUCGACCCCCCACUGGCUGACAUCCCUGAAGGCCAGUGGUUCUGCCCCAAGUGUGAGAAGGAGGGCAACGAGCUUGGUCUCAACGACGAGUACUUUGAUGAGGAGGAGGACGCACCAUACGAAGAGGUCCCCGUGGUUAAGCGCAGAGCCGAGUCUGAAACGCAGAACGGUGGCAAGAAGCCCCGUUCCGAAUAA